UUUUACACUAUUUUCAAUGGAGCUCGAAUUGGUUCAGUGUACCCCUACAUUCUGAGGAUGUCUGUAAGACGUUUGGAGACUAUACCUAUGGGAUGGGAACCAGUCUAAAAAGAGUCUACCCAAAUCAAAUAGCGCCCUCUGUUGUAUUGCCAUACCAUAAAUAGGUUGAUGGAACAACAGACAAUUGAUCGGAAGGCCCCCCCCCUUUCCUUUCACCAUCACUGGAUUCGUCAUCAACCAAUACAUAGGCAAUGUUCUCACAGGCAGGAGUCCUUGGAGUGGAAGCGAAAAAUUGGGGAUUUAUUCUGCGGUGAUCUUUCAACUGUUUCAGGAAAUUCAGGGAUUCCACAAUCACAUGCUUCGUCCUCCCAUUCAAUACUUUUUUUUUAAUGCCAUUUUUGGGGAGGGGACUGAGGCUUUGUUUCGCCACCCCGCCAUUUCUCCACCUUAGUCUAGGAUCUGUCAAGUCCCAUCCUUAUGGUGAACUUCUCUUGAUUAUUUACAGUUAUAAGAAAAAAGUCAUAACGAAUGUUCACUGAAACCGACAGCCAAUUUGCCUACACUAUACUCGCCAGCUACUACAUACGUAGACCACAAUGUCAAUGAUGCAUGAUUUAACGCCCAAAAUUUAGAGCCCCGCGCGCCCCACAUGACGCUCUAGACCACAUGAUGCUAACCGCGAACAUUAACAGUUCGUUGUGUGUAGUUCACUGAACCAUGGUAUCGAUGAGGAGUAUCGAUACUGGGAUAUGCUGUUAUAAAUAGCACACACCGCACCAUACCAGUGUGGCGCAACACCAAACGGGAUAUACGCACGUUGCAGCUUGAGAAACAUGAUAUACAUGAACAUGUAGAUCAACGGACAAGCGUCGACGGUGUGACUUCACAAUCUCACCUUGGUAACUGGACAUCGACACUGAACACGUUCCUAAAGAUCAGACCAUCACAUCAGCUAUCAGGAUGUCACCUACUAUCAAAAUGAAAUAAUUGUCCACCGAAAUCCAGUGUGGUUAUUCACUUGGAAAAAUUACUGCUAACGUGUAGGUGGCAACUUCAUGACAUCACCGCACCCGUAACUACGAAUUGUGUACGCGAACAAGGUGCUUCGCGCUCCUCCACAGUGUGCACUUCCGUGUCGUGGACGGUGGGCCAUCACCAAACUUCAGAAGUUCAGUUCUCUUAGCUGUACGCUUAAUUGUUCACUGGUCAGAAAAAAACUUGUCAGUCCUUGGUGUUUGUGGGCCCGUUGAGUGCCCAAGUGAAGUGACAAACAUGGCUCUUGCGGCUGCCAAGAUACGGGGAAUGGUCAGCAAGAAGAAAAGGCGGUAUGUCGAUGAGAACUUUGAUCUGGACUUGAGUUAUAUCUAUCCCAACAUCAUCGCCAUGGGCUUCCCUGCAGAGAAGCUGGAAGGCGUGUACCGGAACAACAUUGAGACGAUUGUCAGAUUUUUGGAAGAGAGACAUGGUGAACAUUACAAAGUGUACAAUUUGUGCUCUGAGAGGAAUUAUGACGCAUCCAAGUUUUGCAACAGGGUGGCCAACUACCCAUUUGACGACCACAACCCGCCCAGGUUUGAGCUCAUCAAGCCAUUCUGCGAGGAUCUGGACCAGUGGCUGGCAUCGGAGAGCGAUAAGAAUGUGGCAGCGAUACACUGCAAAGCGGGCAAGGGCCGGACGGGCGUGAUGAUCUGUGCCUACAUGCUACACCGGGGAUUGUACAAAACGGCCGAGGAGGCUCAUCAGCAUUACGCAUCAGCAAGGACUAUGAAUGGCAAGGGUGUCACGAUACCGUCGCAGAAGAGAUACGUGGAGUACUACGGUCAGCUCAUCAACCAAGAGCUGGAGUACAAGCCCACAACGCUACUGCUGAGGAAGAUCCACCUGGAGACGAUACCCAUCAUCAGCGGAGGGACGUUCACACCUUCCUUCACCAUCUACCAGCAGAAGGUCAAGAUCUUCACUUCGCCCACCUACGAGAGCGUGAAACGAGGCGUCAAAAGGAAAGAAUUCAGCCUUCCCCAGCCUGUGCCGGUCUGUGGCGACAUCAAGAUUGAAUUCCACCACAGGACCAACAUGAUCAAGAAGGACAAGUUGUUCCACUUCUGGUUCAACACCUUCUUCGUGCCGAGCUGCAAGAACGUGGCCGAGACCAACGGCCUGAGUCAGCAUCUGCCCGAGGAGUGCAACCUGCCAGGGUGCCGCCACACCAUGGUCCUCUCUCUCAAGAAGGACGAACUGGACAAGGCCAACAAGGACAAAACCAACAAGUCUUUCUCCCCAAAUUUCCGGGUUACGUGUGUAUUUAGCGACGUGGUCAGCGACAAAGCGAGACGGACAUCGGCGGACAGUGGUCAGUCGUCUGGCACAGGCAGCGACCACAGUGACACCGAUGACAUCUCAGACACUGACUCCGAGUCAGAGUGGAACCCGGACGAGGUCACCCACGUAUGAUGGCCUUCGUUCAGUUGCCUCACGCCACCCAAAUCGGCUAGAUUGGCGGAUAUACGCCAUUGCAGCAGCAGGGGACCUUGUGGUGCAUGGAGUCUUCAUAAUACAGUAUUCAGCAGGGUGGAAACAGUAAGUUGGGUCCUUGUUUGUAUGCAAUCAUUCCGAAUUACAGCAUCAUCCGAGCAGGCACUGACCAGUGAAGAACGCCCUCCCACCAACUGUGGGGUUAGACAGAUUCUGAAGGGUCAUAACAAAUCACGCUGUAUGUUGCCUGUUUACAGAUAUUUGAUUUACGCAUUUCCAAUCUUUUGUGUCAGGCCUGAAAGUUUUAAAGAUUUUUAAAUGAAAAGCGAAUUUGCCUAUUCAGCUGUGUCCAAAAUUGACUCAUUCCGAUACUGUCGCCUAUUCAGAAACAAGGCUUUUUGUGGACCAACAUUUUUGGUUUUUGUUUUUUACAAUCUGUCACGUCGUACUUACAUUUCUUGUUUGCUUUUUAAAGCAAGGAGGUCCUCCAAAAAUUCUUAGUGACUCAAUUACCUGUUGAUUCCGUACUAAAAGGGCACUACGCGGUGUUCACUUCUAAUGUGUAUGGCUUCUUGCGUUUGGCUCAGAGUGGUUUCCUCUGGCUCACAUGGGCUUCAUUGUUUUGAUGGGCUGUAUGCCUCAUUUAGAGUCAGUGCAUUGAUACAAAGUCAGAAGUCAUUCUAGCUUGGAGCCUUCGGAAUCCUCUGAACUUGCCACUGUGUUACAAAACAAUUCUGCUUGUUCCAUGCCCUCAAAAUCCAGCCAAACUCUCUUUUAGGAUUUCAAAGGAUCAGGGAAGGUGAGAGUAUGACGUUUGGUUCUUUGUUGUCUCUGCGACUUUUUUAAAGAAAACAAAUUUGUCUCAGUUUAUGGGGAUAUUCCCCUUCGCUCUAAACUCUGCUUAUGACUGUUAUAGCCCUUGUGUACACUGCCCUCGUAGUUUCCACAUCUAAACAGCAGAAGUGGAAGAGAGUUAUUCCAGAUAUGAUACUGUUCCAUUCCCCGACUGCGAGCCAGAGCACUCAAGGGUGCUGGUCACCCUACGCACGGGUGUCUCCCUUUGAAGCGGCAUUUCACUCUCACAGCAAUCCAGAGAAUAUUCCUUCAGCGCUAAGCUCAGUGACUUCGCUUCAACAUGACUACUCGUCUCUGUGGACUCUUUUAAGGUUGCCUCGUCUUUGAGUGUCCCCAGAGAUUGCAGGUGUAGACCGUGGGGUGGACAGUCCUGAGAGAAUGGUGUGUUUAUUUGAUUCACAAUAGGGCGCCUCCAAGAGUCUGCAACGCAUUGACCACUCACAAUGCGCGAAGUCUGUUUACCCAAUGCACAUUUGGAAAGGGUUGACAGAUUUCGCGCAGUGUGAUUGGCCAAUGCGUAACAAACUCACGAAUGAAACCGUUUGUCAUAGCUCUGGUGUUGUUCACCGAAAACUUGGGUUUUGAGGGGGACUUCCGACACGUUGCUCUGACAGCAAAGGUGUUUCCGAACUGAUGUUUUAAUUAUUGUUAUUGUGAUGUCCUGUCUCUGCUGCGAAAAUGAUACAAUUAGCUGUGGCCCGGAAAAAAAAGCCGUGCAUUAGUUGAAUUACCUAGUUAGCCGUUUGAUCUUGUGUUUUGGACGCGAUUGUAUGAUCUGAAAUGUGAAGAGGUACCACAUCGUCUUCUCCUGAAAUUGUAAUAUGUUUUGUUGAUUCUGUCUGGGGCCCUUUCCUUUCUUUUACACAACCAUUGUUUUCUCCGAUUUUUGGGAGGACAUUUUUUUAAUCUACUUCUGGGGGAUGGGAAAUCAAUUUAGAUAAAUAACGUACCCAAAGAUAUGCAAUUUUUAAACAUGCCAGGUCAUGACAAAUAUGGGUGCUUAAAUACAUUUAGACAGCUGAAACCCACUCAGCUGGAAGUGGGAUUCAGAGACUUAAAGAAGUGCACAAUUUCUGAUGUCAGGUCACCAUGGAAACAGCACUCUACCCACUCCUCCCACCGAAUGCUCAAAUCAUAAGUUGUUCAUGGUAAAGACCAGACAUCUUACAAAACCGUCUUUUGUAGCAUUACAGUUUUGGGCCAAAAAGUGCAAAAACUAUAAAAUGGUUGGUGCAAAUGAAACUGAACACAAUGACAAGGAAUUAUGUAACAUUAAGGAGUUAAGAGAACCCACCCGGAUGCUUGUGGGCAUUGGUGCUAUAUAGUAAUGUGGCAAAUGAUAUAUAGGCCUAUCUUGAUCUGUAUACAUACACGUGUAUUUAUGUAGUUGCUGUUUUUCUAUGCGAAAGUGAAAGCUCUUCAUGAUUUUAUUAAGAAAUAUCUUCCAAGUUUGUCAGAGAUGUGAUGUUUCUGUAUCUUAAAAUUGUUGUAACAAAGUUUAUUUUCAGAAUUCUGGAAACCUUACUUACUUGGAUUUGUUGACACCUGUUUAUGCAUUUGUCAUAAGGAAAAGAAAGACAGUUGGAGUGGGCAGAUCCAGAGUAGGAAUACAAGGAGAGGCACACAGUGAAUGGGCAGCACAGAGCCACUGAUCACAAACCUGAUCGUUUUUCUCAAAGCUUGAAAAAGUUACAUGUGCCAAAAGAUAAUGAAGGGAUGUGCUCCUUCCAAAUCCCCUACCUAUUUAGGGAUCUGCGUGGAAUCCAAAAAAAGCAAACAAAACGUGAGUGUCAAAACAGCAAAACGUGCUGCACUAACCACUUUACACCACUUGCAUUUCCUGUGAUAUCAGCAUUGGUACAAACUGGUAACUUUCUGUAAGAGUAACCAUUUCAGCAUGUUCAUUUGACGACAAAGCAAACAUUUUCUGUCUUCUGGAAGGGCGGUGUUGCAGUCGAGUACGUUUCCAUGGUAACAAGUAUCAGUUUUCUGGCAUGAGUGAAUUUCAUGGAAAAUGUUUCUUACAAGCACCGAUGCGAGUGUGAUUCCAUUUUCUUGAGUACGAGUUUGAGUUCCAAAAACCCAAGUACUCGAGUACAAGCGUGAGCACUAUACCGACACUGUGGAGUAAUUGUGAAGAUGCACUAGUUUGUCACUGUCCUUGUCAUCACCCUCUGUGACUGUCUGAAAUGCACACCCAAAAGAAACAUUGGAGGUUGUGCCAGGUUUAAGAAGAUUAAGAUGCUAUUUUUAUGGUUGUAAAUUGAAUGUUUUGUUUUAGGUUAAAAGGGAAAACCCGAAGAAAAAAGUAUUAAAUAUGGUAAUCGGAGGUGUCAGUUGUAAAUAGAGGUGUAUUUUUUGUCGCACCAUUUGUAUAUGUAUGUAUAAAUGAAUAUUUAUCAAGCGUUCCAGAAAUUGGUUACAACGUCUUUUAAAUACCAUUGUCUAAACGUUUUUUAUUGAGACACACUUAAAAGACGCGAAGUUCUUGAACUGGUGCGGUAUUUUUAUGACCAGUUUUCCGAGAAUGAAAACUUUCGGAAAUUAACUUGCCACGAAGAUAAACUCCAAUUUAGAUUUCUCAAAUCAGAGUUUCGGAUCGGGCAGAACCCAACCAUAAAACACUGCAGAUUUGGGGAGAAUGUUUGGUUUGUUUUUAUUUAUCUAUCUAUUGUUAUUUUUAUUGGAGAAUAUCUGUGUUAAAUUGUUUCAAAUUGUAAUCACUGGACGUUCAUGCAGGAUUCUGCCCGUGGUUUUGAAAACAGGGAAGUCACAGAACAAUGGUUCUUCUUUCAUCAAAAAAAUUUGACGUGAAGUUUACGUCAGUGAUUUGUUUGAUAAAAAAUUUCAUUAAUUGGGUUCUUAACACUAAUGAAUUUGACGAAAAAUUGAGAGCGGGCCCAAAAAAAAGCCUAGGAGUGACUGGUAGACUUAACGGCAAGCGUACCGGUCCUACCUGACCGAUCCGCUAGACAUCUUAGAAGUCGCCCAUUAAAAGCAGAGUAGGCCUUAUCCGUCAGGUACUUUGUCUGUGAAACUUCUCAAUGGAAAGUUCGGAGCGAAUCCACUCAAAAGAUUGUAGUCAAUUGAGUUCUUCUUUUUCCCGGAGUGCCCAAAAACCCGUCAUAUUAAUUUCUAAAUUCGGUGUUCGUCCGACAUGCAUCAUGGCAGUCUUUGUCGCACCACCUUACAUUAAGACUCCAAAUUGAUACGUUUUGAUUCUCGGUAAUUAGUCAAAUGUCUCUCUGAAUUGUAACAGAGCCAAAUCUAAGAUUGUUUUAGGGUCCAGACCUGGUCAAGAAAAAUUUACGGAGAAUAUCUCUGCAGGGAGAGUGAAGUAUGGAAGUAGAUUCCUGAACAGUGCUGCUUUUUGCGACUGUGCUUCCAGUGACAACAGUCAACCAACUCAUUUCCAGUAAAUUGCUGUUUGUUUACCCACAAUGUAAUUUUUUCCAGAAAACAUUGAAAUCGAAAAGUUUAUUAAAGUUGAUGCCAUUUGUGUAUUAUAUUUUGUUGGAAAAUAAACAGUUUAGGUAGGUGAUCGGCGUGUAUUGUCUUUA